CUGACGUAUAUACGGUUGUCGCAGGUUCUCCCGAGAUUCUUGUCGCGUGCAGUGAGUCCUGUUGCUCGCCCGCCGAUUGUCGGUCUCCUUUUCAUCGCGAUUCAUUUAUCGCCAAAUAUCGACCGUGAGGUAUCGGCGAGGUUGUCGCGCUCGUUUUUCAUUUUUUUCGUUCUACGUUUUUUUUUUAUUUAUUUUUUUUCCACCGUCGUCGGAAAAAAACUGUGCUCUAAAUUCGCGAAAUCGCGAAAGGACUUUUAAUUCACCGUGAGGGACGAUUUCGCAGCAAUAAGCGAGGAAAGAUAGAGUUUGUUGUGUGGAAGAAUUCGGAUAUCAUAAAAACACUAUAUACUAUUCUCAUUUCGAAAAAGAGUUCUUGAAGUCUUUAGAUUUUGCUGAAAUCUCGAAUACAAUUUCCAGUAGAUUUUCGACGAAUUUAAGUAUGCCACUUCGCGCGAGAAUGCAGAUCUGAUUGCCGAAUGUGAUAAUCGCUGCAUGAUUUUGUUUUGGCAGACUUCACUUAUCACAGGAUGUACGUCGAUAGAUCUUAAUCAAUUAUUUAUCAUUAUUUUGAAAUUCCAUUGUAGAUUGUUUUAAUAUACGUUGUAAAUUAUCGAGCCUUUUCGCAUUAUAAAAGUUUGCCGAUCGAAGCGCUCAAUUUCCGAAGUUCCGAAAGUGGAUCAGGAAUCGAUCAAUCAUGCUGCAUCGCGGGAAGAUGCGCAUUGUUUUCUUGACGAGUCCAGGCUGCUCACGCGGUGCACACAUUGCCGUGCUACUUUGAGACCAGUCAUACCUGUAAUUUCACAUCCACCACGUGGUUGAUCGCAAUCUCGUAAACAUACUUAUUGCACUGGCGAUCUAGGAAAAUAUUUCCUAGAUAUUGUUAGAUCUGGCCGAAGUAAGCCCGCCAAAACGAAAACGACAUAAUUCGUCACUUCAAUCUUAGUAUGUAAAAAUAUUCUAAUCAAUUGCAAUUUUAUUGCCGCGAAUAAAUUCAAGAUUAUGUUCGCACACUUAUAUACCCGAAAUCUAAAUUGCUAUCAGAUGGAUCUUAAAAUUUGAUUUACAAUGGUUUUUUUAUACUUUGAUAUUUUUCCGAAUCUUUCUAUUUGUCGUUAAUUAUUUUUGUCGAUAUAAAUUGUGUUGACACACGACAGAGGCCAAAAUUUAUUUUUACAAUAGGAAUCGUAGAUUUUUGAGGGAAAAUUCGAUUCUUGAAAACUAUAUUUCAAGCUAUUCAUUAGCCAGUCGAUUUAAUGCUAAUGUCUUCGGAUUUAUGAACCUUUUAAUGAUACUGACGACAGUAAAAUAAUUCACGAUGACACGUUUUCUUCCAUACAACGAAUGACAAGAGAGUCGAAUUUAUUAAUCGAAAUGAUUAUUCGCAAUGAUUCAGGACGUGAUUUGCAAUGCGGAACAAUUUCCGGGAGACAAAUAUCAACAUAUUGAGUUGAGGUAUUAAUGAGACGAGUUUCUCUCGACUCGUUUCUGAAAAAGAAAAAACGAUACUCGAGGAACAUUGUGCGAGAAAUAAUGGAAAAGGUGUUUCUGAUCACAGAAAAGAUUGUAAAGAAGUGUUUAUGCAGAAGUAGCCUUCGGAAAAAAUACAAUUAAUUAAGGAAAUGUCUACGGCGAAAUAAUUCAGUAUAAAAGAAACCGUUGUCAGUGAAUGAUAUUUAUUUUAAAGGAACAACAUGUAUGUUCUCUAAAGACUUGUUUUGAAGGAAUAUUUUUCAUAACGAGGUUCUUCACAAGCGCUGGUAGAUGAGAAUGACACUUGAAGAGGUGUUGGCGCGAGCGCCGCGAGGCGUCGCGACGCAGGGUCGAAUUAAGCAUCGCGACUUCGGCUUUACGUAAUGUCAAUCUACUGUUGCUGCUGCUGCUGCUGCUGCUGCUACCAACACCGUCGGGUGGGAUUCAUCAAGGUCACGGGCUGCGGAAAACGUACUGCAAGCCCGUAACGAGACGUCGUCGUCGUAACCGCCGCAGCCACCGCUGAUUCUACUAGUCUAGUGAAAAGCGCCAGUAGCAAAGCGUUCCGUUGCUCAACGGGCGCAAGACUUGGAAGAGAUCGAGCAAGGUAAAAAAUUACUUGAAUUUGGUGGAUUGAAUAUGAAAGAGUGCGGUAGGAAGAAGUAAAAUAUACGAGAAUCGAGAGAAUACGGAAAGUUGCAAGUCGGAAAUAUAUGGGAUAAUCCGAAAUAUUCAAACGUGAAUAUUUUUGCGAUAUCAACUGAUGCAACUGAAUUGCAUCGUGAACGAAAAGAAAGAAAAUACUCUCAAGAGAAAAAAUGAUUUAAAAAACUCAAGAAGCAGCUCGAAGGGAAAAGGAAUAAACAUAUCCUGAGAGAAGGUUCGGAAGAAAAUACUCAGAAGGAUAUCGAAAAAGCAAGCAAGGUUGAAAAAGAUAUCGUCGGACAUUUUCAAAGAAAAUAUUUCAACUUCAAGGCUCGAACCUUUCCUGUCGAGAUAUCAUCAGACACCUCGUUAGAGGUAUCUCAUCAGAGUUUCUGGAUCAACAAUCACGUCUGAGCAGCCUUCGGAGAAGCGAAGAAGGAUAUCCGCGAGGAAGCGCACGUCUAUAAUUUUGUAUAACCGCGCGUGACUUUUGCUCUCGUUGUUUUCUUUAUUCAUGAAAGUGUUCGGCGUUGUAUUUCUUUCCUCGGCUCGGUCGUUCGAAUUAUUCGCGGAUCGAGUAUCCUGCCGUCGGAGUAGACACAUCUGGGCUCGUAGAUUGUCUCAGGUUCUCCCGACGGCAAAGGACACCGGAUGCUGGACGUCGCGGCGUUCCGUCGUCCGACUUCCCAUUCUUAGAUGCAAACGAUGAGUGUCAAAAUCGUUGUGAGCGUCACCGAGUUAACAAAUAUGGACGCCAAGGACCGCUAUAUCGUCGAAGGCAUCGAUCAACUUGUGAACAACUCCGCUGCUGCGUAUCGUGCCGCACUUUCCACAGCCACUGAAGAUGUGGGAGAUGGACCCCAAGGACACGAAAACGAUACCGAUCCACCCAGCGGCGGUGUUUACAUCAUAUGCGGAGUGCUGAUCGCUAUGGUGGUGGUCGGCGUCAUCAUCGUCCUCCUCGCCGUAACGAUCAGCAAGCUGCGGAAGCGCGAGGAGCAUCAUUCGAGCACGGUGCACCCGGAGACGACGGUAGUGCAGACGGCGACGUCGCCUGCGACGGUCGGGAUGUCGUCGCCGACGCAUCCCAGCGAUUGUUGCACGCAGAUAUCGACGACCACCUUGUCGACCGACGUCGGCGGUAACAACAUUUGCGAUGAGCAGCACAUCUAUGCCGUGACGACGACGACAACGACGACGACGACGACGAUGAUGACGCCAACCGCCAAUCCCGUCGAAUCGUUCACGUGGCAAUUUCCACCCCCGUACCCGCCCCGCCACAUGCUUCCGGCGCAGUACGCGUUGUACAACGAUCAGGAUACCCUUGUACACGGUUUGCCGUCGGAUCGGUCUGGGUUCGCGAAAGGCUUCCGCAAGAACCUCGGUGGACGCUGGCGUCGGCUGGUGAAGCGAAAAGCCGAGUCGGACACUUGUGCCAUUCCUCCCGAAUUGAAGGAUCAGCUGAAAUCCAUCUAUGUUUAUUGACGGCCGCAAGUCUGUUCUGAGAGCGGAGUGUCGAAGCCCGAAAAGGGGAUCACCGAAAGAAUCAUCGAUCAAAGGCACAAGGGGGAUCGAUAAAAAGCAAACAGAGGCUCUAGUCGAGAAGUCGCAAUGACAAUAGCGUAGAAAUGGUUGCGAAAAAGGUGCGGCAAAAUUUGGGCGAAGUCUUGGAAAGGAAGUUUUUGCGGGGGGGAGGGAAGGAAAACGGCGCGUGCAAGUUCGGUGGGCGAUUCGGCGACAACCGACAUAUCAGAAAGUGCCUGAAGAGGAUGCAACCAAGUGCCUUCUUUUAUUCCACGAGCGUCUGUCUCAUGAGACUGAUACCGCGAGAGAGAAAAAAAAAAAAAAAUCGCGACACAUGGAUGCGACAAAACGAGUUACCUCGUAGCUUUUUUGCGUUGUACGUUUUUCUGCGCGAUUAGUUUAGCUGGCAGAUAGCCGUACUUGAGGUAGUUUUAGUAUUAGCGCGUCGAUUGGAGCAGAUACGAGCAGCGUGUGCGAUUUUGUCCGGGCGCAUUCCGGGACUUGGAAAAUCUUCGAUUCACGUUUGAUUCGCGCCGAUCGAAGCCUUGAUUCGCACAGGACGAAUCACAGGUCGCGGUCUCGCAGAGAAAUUUGGAAAAAAAAGAAAAAAAAAACUUUUAGUAUUAUUUAUUAAGAACAGAAUAGCUUAUACAUUUUCCUAUUCAAGUGCAAACUAGUCGUAUAAUGGAUGGGGGAAGACUUGCGAUUGUUGUAUGUGCCGCGUGCGUUGCUAUCGCUUCUUCCGACGAAACAACACGAGUAAACCAACCACAAUCCGUUCUUUAUUCAAUUAUAUAAUUAUAUAUAUAUGUAUAAAGCGUUCAGAACAAAUGUGAAUCAAGUGUCCGCUUUGCAUCCCCGAUACGAUUUCACGAUUAUUUAAAGCGAAUUUUAAGAACAGUAGACGAGAAGUCGAUUUUAUUUGGUUUGAUGCUACAUUAUUGAUAUUUAAAAAAAAAUCUUUUUUUUUUUUUUUUUUUCCCUUGAAUAAAUAACUCAAUCUAUCUUGCACGAACAAAGCCGAUCGCCCGCUUGCUCGCUCUUUUAAUUGAUUUUUGUGGCCAUCGAUGUAAAAAACCUUUAUAAAUAAAAUGUAGCGAUCUUGGACCAAG